ACGGGAAUCUAUCCAACGCUUACAUUAACACAAACAACAUGGUGCUCGCACUAGCAUUGAAAGCAGAGCUGAACGGCGUAACCGACCUCCGCCCCAAUGACACGGAAGACACGCCCUUUUUCUACACAUUCAAAGUCCAAUGCACGUCAUGUCGCGAAGUACACCCCAACCCCGUCUCGGUCAAUCGCUUCGAGAUGAACGAACAGAGCGGCAGCAAGGGUGAAGCCAACUUUGUCUGGAGGUGUAAGAACUGUAAGAGAGAACACUCGGCGAACAUCACAGCCGCGCCUACCUCCUACGAACAAAGCGACCCACCAAAGAAGACCAACAUCCUAAUGUUCGACUGCAGAGGUCUAGAGUUUGUCGAAUUCGUGGCUGAGGGAGAGUUCCUCGCGACAGGCACGGAAUCCGGCACCAAGUUCUCAGGUAUCGAAUUGCCUGACGGCGAAUGGUACGACUACGACGAGAAAGCUGGCGAGGAAGUUAGCAUCACGAACGUCGAGUGGGAAAUACGUCGCGCGUAGAUUGCGCAGGGAAGAGGAAGAUUUAAUACGGCAGCUUGUACAGCUUGGAACAGUGCACACCAGGCCUGGUAUAGUCGAGCUGAUAGAACAAGAGGAAUGCAAAGAGGUGGCUAUAGUACAUCAUGACAGUGCCGAGCGAGUCACACGCACACAUCAAGAGAGGUGGUACUAUGUGCACACAAAAUAUGAAGGCGCAUGUACAUCAAUAACGACAGCAAUGCUCAACAAAGACUGCAAAGGGAGAUGCAACAAGUUGCGCACGUUGAAACUACACAUCAGAUCUCGUGAACAGCGAAGCUAUCGAACAUAAGUAUAUUGGAAGUACUAGACAGGCAUACAGCC